AUGCCUCCCCCACCAUCCAGGCGGCCAGCAACGGCAUCUGCGGCAGCCGCCGCUGCCAGCGCAGAUAGCGGCUCCGGCGCAGGCGCUGCGCGCAAAGAAGACAACAUCUACAUCCCCUCCUACAUCAGCAAGCAGCCCUUCUACGUCAGCGGGCUCGACGAUCACGACGACUCGUUGCAGCACCAGCGGCGCACGACCCACGACGACGAGAACCUCACCUUCGAGCGGGGCGGCAAGAAGGUCGGCGCGGCCCGGACCAAGUGGGUGAAGGGCGCCUGCGAGAACUGCGGCGCCAUGGGCCACAAGAAAAAGAGCUGCCUCGAGCGCCCGCGCAAGGUCGGCGCCAAGUUCAACGGCAAGGACAUCCAGGCGGACCGGACCGUGCGGGACGUCAAGCUGGGGUACGAGGCGAAGCGCGACGUGUGGGCGGCGUACGACCCGAAGCAGUACAAGGAAGUGGUGGAGGAGUACAACCUGGUUGAGGAGGCGCGGCGGGCGCUGCAGGGGAAAAACGGCGACAAGAGCGAGGGCGGCGAGGACGUGUACGAGGAAGGGUUCAAGUACGCCGAGGAGUCGGAGCUCGGCAAGGACAAGACGGUCAAGCAGUCGAUGAGAAUCCGCGAGGACACAGCCAAGUACCUACUGAACCUGGACUCCGACUCGGCCAAAUACAACCCCAAGAAGCGCGCCCUGGUCGACGCCGGCGCGAUAGGCGACAAGUCGUCGCAGCUCUUUGCCGAAGAGAGCUUCCUGCGGGCGUCGGGUGAGGCGGCCGAGUUCGAAAAGGCACAGAAAUACGCAUGGGAGGCGCAGGAGAAGACAGGCGACACCUCACUACAUCUCCAAGCCAACCCGACAGCGGGCGCGCUGAUGCGCAAGAAGGAGGGCGAAGAGAGGGAGGCGAAGCGGAGGAAACGAGCCGAGCUGCUCGCCAGCCAGUACGGCGAGCAGCCGACGGUGCCUGAGGCGCUGAAGGUUGCUAUCACCGAGUCGGAAACAUUUGUCGAGUACGACGAGGCCGGUCUCAUCAAGGGCGCGCCCAGGAAGGCGGCCAAGUCCAAGUACGCCGAGGACGUUCUUAUCAACAACCACACAUCCGUCUGGGGGAGUUGGUGGUCUGAUUUCAGAUGGGGUUAUGCAUGCUGCCAUUCUUUUGUCAAGAACAGCUACUGCACAGGCGAAAUGGGAAAGCAGAUGGUCAAACAAGCCGAUUCAUGGGACAGGCAGGACGGAGAAGACGCCGAGGCUGCUCGAGAUAGUUCAUAA